AAGAACUUAUCUUUUCCAGUUUUCAUUCCUAAGCUUUCCCUUCCUUUUAUGAGCAAUGUUACGGAAUUACUUUUUCCUUAUUGGUCGGGUUUUUUCCUGGGCGACUUUCCUGCUCUCUCUGGGUCUUUCCGAGCAGUCGGCGCUGGCGGUGUGCGUCACUGUUCACCGCCGUGUCCCUGCGCUGCUUCAGCCAGUCUCUUUUAGGGCCUGUGGCCUCGAUGUCCUUCCCUCGUUGUGCCCUGUUGUGGGCUCGGCUCCCGGUGGGGCGCCACGCUGGCCACCCGGCAGCUGUCUGCUCUGCCCUUCGCGCCCACGUUGGGCUCUUUCCUGGGGCUCUGGGGCGCGUUCCUGCUGUUGCCACCUCCUCCUCCUCCUCUGCCUCUGGGGGUUCUAAAGCCCCGAACACGUCGUUGUUCGUGCCGCUGACUGUGAAACCUCAGGGCCCUAGCGCGGAUGGCGACGUCGGGGCCGAGCUAACCCGUCCUCUGGACAAGAAUGAAGUGAAGAAGAUCUUAGACAAGUUUUACAAGAGGAAAGAAAUUCAGAAACUGGGUGCUGAUUAUGGACUCGAUGCUCGUCUCUUCCACCAAGCUUUCAUAAGCUUUAGAAAUUAUAUCAUGCAGUCUCAUUCCCUGGAUGUGGACAUUCACAUUAUUUUGAAUGAUAUUUGCUUCAAUGCAGCUCACGUGGAUGAUUUAUUUCCAUUUUUCUUGAGACAUGCUAAACAGAUAUUUCCAGUGUUGGAAUGUAAGGAUGAUCUACGGAAAAUCAGUGACUUAAGAAUACCACCUAAUUGGUACCCAGAAGCCAGAGCCAUACAGCGGAAGAUAAUCUUCCAUUCAGGCCCCACAAACAGUGGAAAGACUUACCAUGCAAUUCAGAAAUACUUGUCAGCAAAAUCUGGAGUGUAUUGUGGACCUUUAAAAUUACUGGCACAUGAGAUCUUCGAAAAGACUAAUGCUGCUGGUGUACCAUGUGACUUGGUAACAGGUGAAGAACGCGUGACAGUAGAGCCAGAUGGGAGACAGGCUGCCCACGUUGCUUGUACUGUUGAGAUGUGCAGUGUCACAACUCCUUAUGAAGUGGCUGUGAUUGAUGAAAUUCAAAUGAUUAAAGAUCCAGCCAGAGGAUGGGCCUGGACCAGAGCGCUUCUAGGACUCUGUGCUGAAGAAGUCCAUUUAUGUGGAGAAGCUGCUGCUAUUGACCUAGUUACUGAGCUAAUGUACACAACUGGCGAGGAAGUGGAGGUUCGAAACUAUAAGAGGCUUACCCCCAUUUCUGUGCUGGAUCAUGCGCUAGAAUCAUUAGACAACCUUCGGCCUGGGGACUGCAUUGUCUGUUUUAGCAAGAAUGAUAUUUAUUCUGUGAGUCGACAGAUUGAAAUUCGGGGAUUGGAAUCAGCUGUUAUAUAUGGCAGUCUGCCACCUGGGACCAAACUUGCUCAAGCAAAAAAGUUUAAUGACCCUGAUGAUCCCUGCAAAAUCCUGGUUGCUACGGAUGCGAUUGGCAUGGGACUUAACUUGAGCAUAAGACGAAUUAUUUUUUACUCCCUUAUAAAGCCCAGUAUCAAUGAAAAGGGAGAGAAGGAACUAGAACCAAUCACCACUUCUCAAGCCUUGCAGAUUGCUGGCAGAGCUGGCAGAUUCAGUUCAAAAUAUAAAGAAGGAGAGGUUACAACAAUGCAUCGAGAAGACCUCCGCUUAUUAAAAGAAAUUUUGAAUAGGCCUGUGGAUCCUAUAAGGGCAGCUGGUCUUCAUCCAACUGCUGAACAGAUUGAAAUGUUUGCCUACCAUCUCCCAGACACAACACUUUCUAAUCUCAUUGAUAUUUUUGUAGACUUUUCACAAGUUGAUGGCCAGUAUUUUGUCUGCAAUUUGGAUGAUUUUAAAUUUUCUGCAGAGCUGAUCCAGCAUAUUCCAUUAAGCCUACGGGUGAGGUAUGUUUUCUGCACAGCCCCUAUCAACAAGAAACAGCCUUUUGUCUGUUCUUCAUUGUUACAGUUUGCUCGGCAGUAUAGCAGGAAUGAGCCCCUGACCUUUGCGUGGCUACGCCGAUAUACGAAAUGGCCAUUACUUCCACCUAAGAAUAUUAAAGACCUCAUGGAUCUCGAAGCUGUCCAUGAUGUCUUGGAUCUUUACCUGUGGCUAAGCUAUCGGUUUAUAGAUAUGUUUCCAGAUGCCAGCCUUGUUCGAGACCUCCAGAAAGAACUAGACGGCAUUAUCCAGGAUGGUGUACACAACAUCACCAAACUGAUUAAAAUUUCAGAGUCACAUAAGCUGUUGAAUUUGGAGAACUUGUCAGCAGAGAGCCAGUCUCGUUUGUCGGGAACCUUACGAAGCCAAGCUAGAAGGACGCGUCUUACCAAAACUUUAGAGAGUGAAGCUGCCGAGCCACCCAGCCCCGAUGCAGCAGAGAAAUCCCUUGCUUCCAGAUUGCUGCGGCAAGGACUUCUCACUGCAGACAUGCUAAAGCAGCUAGAAAAGGAGUGGCUGACACGGCGAACUGAGCGUGGCAGGGAAAAGACAGAACCUGGGACUUACUCAAAAGGGACAAGAAGAAAGAAGCAGGAAAAUGAUUCGAAUUAGUUUUAUUUUUAUUUUUGCAAAUAAAAUCUGUUUUAAAAUCCUU